CGAAGCCGCGGGGGAAAGGAAGUGGGAAGAAGCCAGGCGGCUGCGCGCCCGAGAUGGUGCCGCUCCCAAGACUGCUCAGUGGCGCGCGCCAGCUGGUCCUCCGGUCGGCGGAGGCGUCUCCGCCCGGGGGGUUGAAGUCAGUCAAAGGAAGUUGUCAUAAUUUUUGUAAUACUCUAUCUAAUGAUGUCACUUAUAAGAAACUUAAAAACCUCUUGAAUUCCAAAAAGGUGAUCUUAAUUGAUGUUAGAGAAACACAGGAAGUACUUGAGCAUGGAAAAAUUCCUGGAUCUAUAAACAUACCAUUGGCUGAGGUAGGUGUAGCGCUACAGAUGGACCCGGAAGACUUCAAAGAGAAGUACAGUGAAGUAAAACCACUUAAAUCUGAUAGAGUGGUGUUUUCUUGUUUGGCUGGAGUGAGAAGCAAGAAGGCUUUGGGUACAGCAAUAUCUCUGGGAUUUAACAGCGCUCAACACUAUCCUGGAGGAUGGAAGGAAUGGAAGGAAUAUGAAUUUCCAGAGAGGAAACAAGGAAAAUGAAUGCAACCUAAGAUAACAGAAUGCAUAAAAAAUUAAAAUCUAGUCCUGACAGCACUAGCUAAUGAGAAGAUGAUAUUUUUU